AUGUCGAUCCCUCUGGAGUUAUAUCCGAGCCAAGAUGAUCUCCUCUACGAAGAAGAAAUUCUCAGAAAUCCCUUCAGUCUAAAGCUAUGGUGGAGAUAUCUAAUUGCUCGCAAUGAAUCUCCCUUCAAAAAAAGGUCAGUAAUUUAUGAACGAGCUUUAAAAGCUUUACCUGGUAGUUACAAACUCUGGUAUGCUUAUCUAAGAGAACGAUUAGAGAUAGUACGAAAUCUUCCUGUAACGCAUUCUCAGUAUGAGAGUUUGAACAAUACAUUCGAAAGAGCUUUAGUUACUAUGCAUAAGAUGCCAAAGAUUUGGGUAAUGUAUUUGCAAACCCUAACUGAACAGAAACUAGUAACCCGUACUCGUAGAACUUUUGAUAGAGCAUUAUGUGCAUUACCAGUGACCCAACAUGAUAGAAUUUGGGGACCUUAUCUGUAUUUUGUGAGUCAGAGAGGGAUUCCGAUUGAGACUUCACUUAGGGUUUAUAGGAGGUAUUUGAAAUUCGAUCCGACUCAUAUUGAAGAUUUUAUUGAGUUUUUGGUGAAUUCUGAGUUAUGGCAAGAAGCUGCUGAAAGAUUAGCUGGGGUUUUGAAUGAUGAUAGGUUUUAUAGUAUUAAAGGGAAGACGAAACAUCAGUUGUGGCUUGAAUUGUGUAAUUUGCUUACUAGUCAUGCAACAGAGGUGUCAGGUUUGAAAGUUGAUGCAAUUAUUAGAGGUGGGAUUAGGAAGUUUACUGAUGAGGUUGGUAAGUUGUGGACAUCUUUGGCGGAUUAUUAUAUUCGUAGAGGGUUGUUUGAGAAGGCGAGGGAUGUAUUUGAGGAGGGAAUGACCACCGUGGUAACCGUUAGAGAUUUCAGUGUGAUUUUUGAUGGGUAUUCUCGAUUUGAAGAGAGUGUACUUGCUGCGCAUAUGGAGUCAUUAGAUAUUGGUGAUGAAGAAGAAAAUAAUCAGGAUAAGGAAGAGAAAGAUGAACGUUUUGAUACUAAAGUUUCAUUAGCUAAGUUUACAUACAAGACUCUUCAUGGGUUUUGGUGUAAUGAUGAUAAUGAUGUUGAUUUGAGGUUAGCUCGACUAGAACAUCUUAUGGAUAGAAGGCCUGAGCUUGCUAACAGUGUUCUUCUGCGGCAAAAUCCUCAUAAUGUUGAACAAUGGCAUAGAAGGGUUAAGCUCUUCGAGGGUAAUCCGACAAAGCAAAUACUGACGUUCACAGAAGCUGUAAGAACUGUGGAUCCCAUGAAAGCUGUUGGUAAGCCUCACACUCUAUGGAUUUCUUUCGCCAAGCUGUAUGUAGAGCACAACGAUAUUGCAAAUGCAAGAGUGAUCUUUGAUAAGGCAGUGCAAGUUAAUUACAAAACGGUAGAUAAUCUCGCCAGUGUUUGGUGUGAAUGGGCCGAAAUGGAACUGAAGCACAAAAACUUGGAAGGAGCUCGGGAGCUAAUGAGACGUGCAACAGCAGAGCCUUCAGUGGAGGUUAAACGGAGAGUUGCUGCUGAUGGUAAUGAACCAGUGCAGAUGAAGUUGCAUAAAUCCGUGAGGUUGUGGACCUUGUAUGUGGAUCUAGAGGAGGGUUUGGGAACUCUGGAGUCCACCCGUGCAGUGUAUGAGCGGAUACUCGAUUUGAAAAUAGCUACACCACAAAUUAUAAUAAAUUAUGCAAGUUUAUUGGAGGAGCAUAGAUACUUCGAGGAUGCGUUUAAAGUUUAUGAAAGAGGAGUCAAGAUAUUUAAAUAUCCACACGUUAAGGAUAUUUGGGUCACAUAUCUCUCCAAAUUUGUCAAACGAUACGGAAAAUCAAAGUUGGAAAGGGCAAGGGAGUUGUUUGAGCAUGCAGUUGAAAUGGCCCCUGCUGAUAAUGCGAAGCCACUGUAUUUGCAAUAUGCAAAACUAGAAGAGGAACACGGUCUUGCUAAGCACGCGAUGAAAGUCUAUGACCAAGCAGCAAAAGCUUUACCUGACAAGGAGAAGCUGCAAAUGUAUGAGAUUUACAUAGCCCGCGCCGCAGAGUUUUUUGGUGUUCCUAAAACAAGGGAGAUAUAUGAGCAAGCGAUAGAAUCUGGGUUGCCAAGUGAAGAUGUCAAGACUAUGUGCAUGAAAUAUGCAGACCUUGAGAAGAGUUUAGGAGAAAUUGAUCGCGCUCGUGCUAUAUACAUUUUCUCAUCACAGUUUGCUGAUCCACGAUCAGACAAUGAUUUCUGGAGUAGAUGGCAUGAUUUUGAGGUGCAGCACGGGAAUGAGGAUACAUUCAGAGAAAUGCUUCGAAUAAAGAGGAGUGUUUCUGCUAGUUACAGCCAGACUCAUUUCAUUCUCCCAGAGAAUUUAAUGCAGAAGGAUUCAAGGUUGAACCUUGAGGAAACUGUGGACACACUCAAACGUGCUGGAGUCCCCGAAGAUGAAAUGGCUAACCUUGAGAGGCAGUUAGCACCUGCAGCUCAAGAUAACAGUACUAGAAGACUGGGUUUUGUAAGUGCAGGAGUUGAAUCACAAUCUGGUGUCAUCCGUACACCAGAUGGUGGGAGGAAGGUUGUUGCAGACCAGGAUGCGAUUGAAUUACCUGAAGAUGAUGAUGAUGAUGAGGAGGGCGAUAAAGAAGUUGAAAUCGCACAAAGAGAUGUCCCUGCUGCGGUGUUCGGGGAUUUGGCACAGAAGGUAGCAGAGGAGGUGGGUGAAGAUGGGGAUGCCAGAAAGAGGGAGAGUGACAGCAAACUUGGCGCCCUUGAAAGAAUGAAGAGGCACAAGAAGGGGUAGGUUUCUCCGUCUUGUCUCUAGUUUUCUGGAGCAUGAGCGACUACCCAGUCCUGUUAUUCAAAAGUUUCCUACCCAGUCCUGUUAUUCAAAAGUUUCCGGAGCACCCAGUCCUGUUAUUCAAAAGUUUCCAGAGCACCGAGUGACUGCCCAGUUCUGUUAUUUUCUUUUGAACUAUUGCUUCCAUAUUGAGCAGAAAAUGUAUGUACAUAAACGUGGAAGUAUGUGUUGUACAUCAAGGUUUGCCUCAGGCCUCAGCCUUUGACAAUUUUGACAAUUUUAUAAGUUUUGUACCGGUAACUAGCCAAGGGUUUCCCUUGUUGCAAAAGUUGUUCAUCUUUGAUCCAGUCCACUUCGAUCCUUUUCCAAGGGCCGUUCAUGUGGAGUCCCAAGUGUGUAUUAAAGUUACCCA